AUGGCGGCGAUGUCCGCAUCCGGCGCGGCGGCGGCCGCGCGAUGCGGCGCGUCUAUCCUGACACCCCGUCGCGCGCGCCGCCUCGUCCAGCUGGUCCGCGCUGCGACGGCGGCGGGAGGCGACGUCGAGGUUGGGACCGCCGCCGAGCGAGAGACGUACCUCGAGAUCGCCUCGCGCCCUUCGCGGUUCCAGGAGUCGCAGUGGGGCCCCGAGGACGUCUGCGUGGUGUUGCUCGAGGCCAUGCGGGUCCAGUGGAACCACGGAUACCCGUCCACCCCGCGCGGGUACCCCCGAACGACGCACGGCUUCCACGAGUACCCGGCCGGCAUGCAGGCCGCCGCCGCCGACCGCAUCCUCGACGUCCUCCCCGGAAACUCCCUCCUCGAUCCCUUCGCCGGCGGAGGCACCAGCCUCGUCGUGGGCAUGAGCAAAGGCCGCGAGACGUUCGGCGUGGACGUCAGCCCGCUCGCCGCGUUCGUGGCGACGCACAGGACGUGGAGGCCCGCCCCGGGCGCCGAGGAGGAAACCUUCGAGUGGAUGAGGGCGACGGCUGAUGCGGCGUUGGACGGCCUCGACGCAGCCGCCGUCGCCUCGCGUGAAGAGGAAAGUUCGCCCACGACGGGACUCGAACCCGAGACGUCAUCAGGAUCAACCUCGGAAGAACCGCCCACAACGAAGACCGGCGCGAAGAGGGGCGGCGGCGUCCCGAGGGCGUGGCUCGCGAUUCGCCGUUCGCUGCGAACGGCGCUCGAGUCGCCGACCGGUAUCGAAGCGCCGCCGCCGGGCCUCGGCGGGACCACCCCGGAGGGCGCGCUCUGGUUUUGCCUCUCCGUCGCGCUCCAGCGCUCGCAGAAGGGCCGCGGGAAGAAGAGGCAUAAGAGGGGGUACAAGAACCAGCGGCGCAAAACGCGGGCGGAGACGGAAAACGCGUUCAAGUCACAGCUAGCGACGGAGGCCGAGUUAGACGCCGCGGCUUCGUUUCGAAAGUGCGUGGACGAGUACUGCGACAGGGUGAACGAACUCUGCGCGUGCGUCCCGGUGGGGACGCCGCCGCCGGUGAUCGUCAACGGGGACGUCCGGACUCUUCCGGAAGCUUCCGGAGGGGGCCAGCUUCCGGCGGGGUCGAUCGCCGCGGCGCUGACGAGUCCGCCGUAUCCGGGCGUCUACGACUACCUCUCGUUCGCGAGGAAGGUUCGCGCGGGCAGCGGCGCCGCGCUGAUGGCGGACGGAGACGGUUCGCGUUCCCCCGGGACCGACGACGGUUCGCGUUCCCCUGGAAACGGCUCCGGCUCCGACGCCGACUCGGACAGGCACGGAUCUCUUCGGUAUUUCGCCACCGCCGUGCCCGGCGACAGGACGUGGCCGGACGAGUGGAACGUCGGAGAGUUCGGGUCCCGGCGCGAGCUGCGCCGUGACCCGCGCGCGUUCAAGGAGGCGUGGCAGGAGGACCAGACGCGCUGGAUCGACGUGGUGGCCAACGCGCUCGCGCCGGGGGGCAGAGUCGCGAUCAUGAUUGGCGACGGCGCAAACGUCGACACCCGCGUCAGCACCAUCGACGCGGGCGUUAAGUGCGGGCUUACGCACGUCGCGAGCGUGUCCAUGGCGCUGACGCACGAGACGGCGGAGGGUCUAGUGUGGAACGCGGCGCGGCGGGAGCAUCUCGUGCUCCUGGAGAAGCCGCGCGAUCGAUGA